UCCAUUUUGUCAUCUUCUUUCAGUUACUAAUAAGAGAGAGAAGAGAACUGAAGAAGGAGAAGGGAGCAUAUCCUCGGGAAAAGCCAUUGAUAAAAAGCAGAAACAAUACUUAGAGCACAGUAAAAGCUUCAUUAGUAGAAGUAACCUCCACACAGCAAAGCCACUGAAAUGUUUGGAAUGUGGAAAGAACAUCCGUCACAGCUCAAACUUUGCUCGUCAUAUGAGGAUCCACACAGGGGAGAAACCAUUUAAAUGCUUGGAAUGUGGAAAGAGCUUCAGUCAGAAUGGAAAACUUGCUUCCCAUAUGAGGAUCCACACAGGGGAGAAACCCUUUAAAUGUUCGGAAUGUGGAACGAACUUUCGUCAGAGUGGAAAACUUGUUUCCCAUAUGAGAAUCCACACAGGGGAGAAACCUUUUAAGUGUCUUGAAUGUGGAAAGAGUUUCAGUCAGACUGCAGACCUUGCUUCCCAUAUGAAAAUCCACAGUGGGGAGAAACCUUUUAAAUGUUCAGAAUGUGGAAAGAGCUUCCGUCAGAGGGGAAAACUUGCUUGCCAUUUGAGAAUUCACACCGGCGAGAAGCCGUUUAAAUGCAUGGCAUGUAGAAAGAGCUUCAGCCGAAGCACAGUCCUUGAUUCCCAUAUGAGAAUCCACACAGGGGAAAAACCAUUUAAAUGCUUGGAAUGUGGAAAGACCUUCAGUCACAACACAACUCUUGCUUCUCAUAUGAGAAUCCACACAGGUGAGAAACCAUUUAAAUGCCCCAAAUGCCGAAAGAACUUCAGUCAGAGCACACACCUUGCUUGCCAUAUGAGAAUCCACACAGGAGAGAAACCAUAUAAGUGUUUGGAAUGUGGAAAGAGCUUCAGUCAGAGUGCAAACCUUUCUUCCCAUAUGAGGAUCCACACAGGAGAGAAACCAUUUAAGUGUUUAGAAUGUGGAAAGAGCUUCAGUCAGAAUACACAUCUUGCUUCCCAUAUGAGAAUUCACACAGGGGAGAAACCAUUUAAGUGUUUAGAAUGUGGAAAUACCUUCAGUCGAAGCACAAACCUUGAUUCCCAUAUGAGGAUCCACACAGGAGAGAAACCAUUUAAAUGCUUGGAAUGUGGAAAGAGCUUCAGUCAAAGUGGAAAAAUUGCUUCCCAUAUGAGAAUCCACACAGGAGAGAAACCUUUUAAAUGCUUACAGUGCGGAAAGACCUUCCGUCAGACUGGACACCUUACGUCUCAUAUGAGAUCUCACAUGAGAAUUCACGUUGGGAACAAGCCCUGUUCUUGCUCAGCGUGUGGCAAGAGCUUCAAUCAAACGGCACACCUAAUAAAUCAUCAGAGAAUUCACACAGGAGAGAGGCCGUAUCAGUGCUCCGAGUGCGGAAAGAGCUUCAAUCAAAGUGCACACCUAAAGAACCACCAGAGAACUCACACAGGAGAGAAGCCGUACAAAUGCCCAGAAUGUGGAAAGAGUUUCAAUCAAAGCGCACACCUUAAAAACCAUCGACGGAUUCACACGGGGGAGAAACCAUAUAAAUGCGCCGUAUGCGGAAAGAGCUUUAGUCAAACUGCUCAUCUUAAAAACCAUCAGAGAAUUCACACAGGGGAGAAGCCGUAUGAAUGCUUGCAGUGUGGAAAGAGUUUCAACCAAAUUGCACACCUUAAAAACCAUCAAAGAAUUCACGCUGAGGAGAAGCCGUAUAAAUGUUCUUGAGUGUGGAAAGAGUCAGACUGCACACUUUAAAAGCUAGAUUCACACGAGCGAUCCUUUUCAGUGCUCAGAGUGGGGAAGGGCUUUCAACAACACCUUGGAUUAGAGUAAAAACUUCACCUGGUGGAUCCUUAUGUUGUCGUUGAUUUGUUCCUUGAUAUUCUGGGUCGAAGGCAUAGUGCUGAUUUCUUCGUGAUGGCCAAAAUGGGCAAAGCACUUUCAUUGAACAGAAUAAUAUUGAAUACUUCUCUGUCUUCUUGAGUCCAGUGUUGCUUCACAUCAGGAUUCUUGUCUGUGGCUCCUGUUUCUUGAAGGCAAAAAUGGAGUGGCCUGCUGGAUAUUCAAGCACCUGUUUUCUCUUCUGCUCCACUCUUGAUAUAAAAAGAAGGGGAGUAACUCUUGGUCAGAAGGCCCUUCUUAACCCCUUUCUCAAAUCCUGCUUAGUGUGUUUCAGUGUUUGCCCUCAGCAUCACCAACUCCUGUUUUGGAAAAGCAGGAGCAGUUUCUCUUGAGAAAAUGUAUUGCAGACUUAAAAGCAGGUUGUGGGUAGAAAUUUUCCUUAUUCAGACAUUCUGAAGGCAUGUUGUUUGUACUUUAUGUUUUCAUGUUACAUUUUAAACAUUUAAUGCUCUUAAAAGAAAAAGUCUGGAAAUCUGACAAUAACCACAUACACAAACACUC